AUGGGCAAAGCCUUAGAAAAUGGCAGUUUGCAUUUGCCGCCAGACCAAUUUCUCCCUGGAACAACUCAAUUAGCUCCAUGUGUUAUUCUUGGGGAUGAAGCGUUUCCCCUUAAACGGUAUUUAAUGAGGCCCUUUCCUGGAAGUCAAGUCGACGAUCCUGCCAACAAACAGUUCAAUUAUCGCUUAGAUUUUGCCCGUAGAAUUGUAGAAAAUACCUUUGGAAUAUUAUCACAGAAGUUUCGCAUUUAUAACAGAAGGAUGCAAGCAAAUCCUGAAAACGCGGAUUAUAUUAUCUUAGCAACAUUCGUACUGCAUAAUUUUAUAAAAAUAUAUGACGGAUUCUCUUUCACCGCUACCGAUCCACCAUCUUCCAUAGUAAAUUCCGAAUUACAAUAUAUUCCAUUGCAAGGUGGUAAUGCAACUGAAGAGGCUUUUCAAGUUAGAAAUGUAUUUAAGAAUUAUUUUUUGUUGCCACAAAGCCAGUUAAUAAACUAA